UCGUCUCUCUCCUGCUCCCAUUCUCUCGUUCUCUGGACUUUGGUGAGUGACGGUGAUCAGGAUUUGGUCCUAAAUCCUGAUUGUGUCUGAGGACGAGAUUUCUCAAGUGUGUUCUCUGAAAGAAGAAUAUGGGAAGGAUAAUGGAGUGGGCAGCAAGAGCUGACCACUUGAGAGGAAUACCUCGAAAAGUGGUGAUCAUGGCCGUGGGAGCAUUUGCCAAGACAGUUGCAAACCUUUGCAACACGUCUUCUGUUCACAAUGCAGAUGCUGUUCUCGGACUUGUUCGGUCCCGACCAGCCGGGGUACCCCUCAUCACUGUUAGUAAUCACAUGUCGACUUUGGAUGAUCCCGUUAUGUGGGGGGCAUUCAAGGGCUCACCUUUCUUUGAUCCGGAUUUUGCCCGGUGGGUACUUGCUGCAGAGGACAUAUGUUUCAAGAAUCCUGUCUACUCCUACAUUUUCCGCAUUGGAAAAUGCAUACCUAUAACAAGAGGAGGUGGAAUCUUCCAAGAACACAUGAAUGAAGCUCUCGAGCGGUUAAAAGAUGGAGCUUGGCUGCAUACAUUCCCAGAGGGGAAAGUGUUCCAAGAAGAUUUUCCAAUAAGGAGACUGAAAUGGGGAACUGCGAGUCUCAUUGCUCGUUGCCCUGUUACCCCCAUAGUCUUGCCCAUAAUACAUCGCGGUUUUGAAGAGGUGAUGCCGGAAAACUACUUCCGAGGAAAGAGACCGCCAGUGCCGCUCUGCGGCAAGAACAUUUGCAUCGUGAUCGGUCAGCCGAUCGAAUUUGAUCUCCCCGAGAUGGUCGACUCCGCCGUUUCAGCCUCCCGCCUCCUCGACAUUUCGUCCUUGCCCACCCCUGAGACUAAAUGGCCUCUCGUCACUGUCGGCGGCAGCAGAACGUCUCGGGAACUAGACGAAGCUUCUCAGAGAUGCCUCUACGCAGCUAUCUCCGAGAAGAUUCAGACCGCCAUGGAAAAGCUGAGACUCUUCGCCAAACGUUGUUCUUCUUCUUAGGUUUUAGUUCUUCGGCCUGUCCGUACGUCCGAGGAGUUCUGGCGGGAAAAUUAGUUUGGUUGAAGAUCAUCAUUGAUGGAAACCGGGAUCUUAAUGAAGAUAUCAAACCGGUUAACGAGAUCGAAGUUUCCGGUUUGGAUACGAAAUCAAUUACCUUGUUGUUAUCGCUUA